GAAUAUCAACAUCUGGGGCUCUGGGCCCGGGGAGCACCACCGCCAGCACCACGCCACGGGUGGCCACCAGCAGCACCGGCCGCCCCACCACCACCUCAACCUCGGGCAGGAGGAACAGGAGCACCAGUACACCAUCACCCAUGGCCGAUGUCCCUGACGAAAUGACCACACACCUCCCACCUGCCUCCUCCCAGCUGCCCCCAGCUGGCACGGAGAGCUGCGACCCCAUGGAAGCUCGUGAUAUUAUGUGGUCUCGGACUCGGCAGGGCCAGGUGGCGAAGCAGCCGUGUCCCAUGGGCUCGAUAGGUGUUGCAACUUUCCGGUGUCUUGUGCCAGACGGGAUCUGGGAGUCCCAAGGACCUGAUCUCAGCAACUGUUCUUCUCCCUGGAUCAACCACAUCACUCAGAAGAUGAAGUCAGGGGAGAUGGCUGCCAAUAUUGCCCGGGAGCUUGCGGAGCACACAAAAAACCACUUGUAUGCUGGAGACAUCACGUACUCUGUGUCCGCCAUGGUCCAGCUGGUGAACCUGCUUGACGUGCAGCUCCGAAACCUGACUCCGGGUGGGAAGGACAGUGCUGCACGCAGCUUAAAUAAGCUUCAGAAAAGGGAGCGCUCUUGCAGGGCCUAUGUCCAGGCCAUGGUGGAGACAGUGAACAACCUCCUGCAGCCCCAGGCUCUGAAUGCAUGGAGGGACCUGAACGCAAGUGAACAACAGCGUGCAGCCACCAAGUUACUCGACACCGUGGAGGACAGUGCCUUUGUGCUGGCUGAUAACCUGCUGAAGACGGACAUCGUCCGGGAAAACACUGACAACAUCCAGCUGGAAGUUGCAAGACUAAGCACAGAUGGGAACCUGGAAGAUCUGAAGUUUCCCCAGAACAUGGGCCACGGGAGUGCCAUUCAGCUGUCGGCCAAUACCUUGAAACAAAAUGGUCGAAAUGGUGAAAUCAGGGUGGCUUUCGUGCUGUACAACAACUUGGGCACCUAUCUCUCCACGGAGAACGCCAGCAUGAAGUUGGGAACAGAAGCAAUGUCGACUAAUCACUCCGUCAUUGUCAACUCCCCUGUCAUCACAGCAGCAAUAAACAAAGAGUUCAGCAAUAAGGUUUACCUAGCUGAUCCCGUGGUAUUUACUGUCAAGCACAUCAAGCAGUCAGAAGAAAAUUUCAAUCCGAACUGUUCGUUCUGGAGCUAUGCGAAGCGUACAAUGACGGGGUAUUGGUCCACCCAGGGGUGUCGCCUCCUGACAACUAACAAGACGCACACCACGUGCUCCUGCAAUCACCUAACCAACUUCGCAGUCCUGAUGGCACACGUGGAAGUUAAGCACAGCGAUGCAGUCCAUGACCUGCUCCUGGACUUUAUCACGUGGGUUGGCAUCCUGCUCUCACUGGUCUGCCUCCUGAUCUGCAUCUUCACCUUCUGCUUCUUCCGUGGGCUGCAGAGCGACCGCAACACAAUUCAUAAGAACUUAUGCAUCAGCCUCUUUGUGGCAGAACUCCUCUUCCUUGUUGGCAUCAACCGGACUGACCAGCCGAUUGCCUGUGCUGUCUUUGCUGCCCUCCUGCACUUCUUCUUCCUGGCGGCUUUCACCUGGAUGUUCCUGGAAGGGGUGCAGCUCUACAUCAUGCUGGUGGAGGUUUUUGAGAGCGAACACUCCCGGAGGAAGUACUUCUAUUUGGUCGGCUAUGGCAUGCCUGCACUGAUUGUGGCUGUAUCAGCAGCAGUGGACUACCGGAGCUACGGCACAGACAAAGUAUGUUGGCUCCGACUUGACACCUACUUCAUUUGGAGCUUUAUAGGACCAGCGACCUUGAUAAUUAUGCUUAAUGUCAUCUUCCUUGGGAUCGCUCUCUAUAAAAUGUUUCAUCAUACUGCCAUAUUGAAACCCGAAUCUGGAUGUCUUGACAAUAUCAACUAUGAGGAUAACAGACCCUUCAUCAAGUCCUGGGUUAUAGGUGCAAUAGCCCUACUCUGCCUAUUAGGACUGACCUGGGCGUUUGGACUCAUGUAUAUUAAUGAAAGCACAGUCAUCAUGGCGUAUCUCUUCACCAUAUUCAAUUCUCUGCAGGGAAUGUUUAUAUUCAUUUUCCAUUGUGUCCUCCAGAAAAAGGUACGUAAAGAGUAUGGAAAAUGCCUGCGCACGCAUUGCUGUAGUGGGAAAAGUACAGAGAGCUCUAUUGGCUCAGGAAAAACCUCGGGGUCGCGGACACCUGGAAGAUAUUCCACAGGCUCACAGAGCCGGAUUCGUAGGAUGUGGAAUGACACAGUUCGAAAGCAGUCCGAGUCUUCCUUUAUUACUGGAGAUAUAAACAGUUCAGCUUCACUCAACAGAGGACCAGAAAGCAGUGAGACAUACUCCAACUGGG